AUGUCCCUCGAGGAGCCCGGGAGCCUGCCCGGGGCGGGGAUCCCGCACCGCCUCGGCCUGCGCGAUGCUGAGGUAAACCCGGGGCCCUCUGCCCCAGACGCAGCACCUGUGGAGCAGAGGCCUGACCGACCCUGCUCCGGGCGGACCCAGGGAGCAGCGCACUGCGUGCUCAGCGCCCUGCGACCGGCCUGGCCGCCAGCCUAUCAAAAUUUGCGGCAGAAAGUAGACAACUUUGUAUCGACCCACCUGGACAAACAGGAAUGGAAUCCAGCAAUGAACAAAAACCAGUUACGAAAUGGGCUAAGGCAGAGUGUGAUUCAGUCAGGAAUGCUGGAAGCUGGAGUGGACAGAAUUAUUUCUCAGGUGGUGGAUCCAAAACUAAACCACAUCUUCAGGCCUCAGAUAGAGAGGGCAAUUCAUGAAUUUUUGGCUGCACAAAAGAAAGAGGAAAGUGUGCCAGCUCCUCCUCCUCCAGAGCCUGAGAAUAAGGAUCCUCCUGCUCCAUCUCAGGAUGCCUCCUAAAGUGAGUUCCUGAUACUAAGCAGCUGCAGAAUACGUGUCCUGUUAGAUUGGCAAUGGAAUACUUGUUCCAUUUGGUGCAGGAUUGCUGUCUGCCAAAGAUGAUUUACCUUUGUCAGACCCGUGGG